AUGCAACGGGCGCAAAGAUUUCAGCAUGCCAUGCGGCUGAAGCGACCGGUCGACUUAUCAAGAAUUCCUGAUCAGGACUGUUUGCCCAGUCCAAGGCCGAAAGCUGAGGCCGGCGUGAAGGUCGCAUACUCACCAAGAGCCAUGGCACUGGCAAUGUACCCACCCCGCCAAGCACAGACAACGAAGUUUUCGAGAAUACAUGCCAAGCAUCUUGGAAUGCGGACGCUCGCUUGUGAACGACCAAGAGCAGGGUGGACUCGGUGGAGGCAGGACGGCUGCCACGAGGCUUGGACGUGCAUGGACAAGAAUCACGUCGCGUGCGUUGAACAGCAGCGAGAAGAAACGGGACCCUGUACAUGUGCACGUGACUUCUUAGCUUGA